AAUGCAUCACUCAUACACAUGUCUCACCAUUUGUUUUUUUUCAAAUGGAAAUUGAAACACGUUAUAUUUGAAACAUUCUAUGCUACUCACUAUGCCUUUUCCUCAUAGUUUCCAUUCAAAAUUAGUCAAACGUUAGGAACACUUCCACUACUUAAACAAUCCUUAGUUUUCUCUAAACGACUUCACUUUGGUCAACUUGGCAUACUUAUUAUACUCUCAAUUAUAUCUUCUUCCAUCUUUCUUUCUCUUCUCCUCUCCUUCUUCACUCUUGUUUGUUGUUGGUUUUGACAAUUUCUUUGUUUUCUGUUUUUCAAUUCAUGGGCUGCAAAAUUUAACUUUUUUACUUCAUCGGUUGUCUCAAAAAAGUGUUCUUGUGAAGUGGUUUGGUAUUGACAUUUUGGGUUGGUUUUGAGAAUUUCUAUGUUUCCUCUUUUUCAAUUCAUGGGGUGUUAAAUUUACCAUUUUUACUUCAUGGGUUUUCUCAAAAAAGUGUUCUUGUGAAAUAGUUUAAUGAUUGCUAUUUUGAUUAGGUUUACCAUUUAGAGUGUGUUUUUGGAAGAAAAAAAUGGUUUCUUUUCUAAGGAAAUUGAAAACUUCUUAUUCUGUUCCUUCAAUGGAAAUAGAAGAUAGCCUUAGUAACAGCUAUGAAUAUUCAUUUGCUGUUAUAUAUAAUGGUCCUCCUCUUGAUCAUUCAAUUCCUGAAAUUCCUGUUUUCAAAAUUGAUCAAAUUCCAAUUGCACCCAUAGUUCAUGAGAAUGAUAACGAUAAUGAUUUCUCUGUGCCAAUUGGUAAACUUCAUCACAAAAACAAACACAGACAAAAGCAUAAAAAAAACACAUCAGAUUCUACUGUUUAUCCAAAUUUGGAACCUCAUGUAGUUGAAAUUGAACCAUCAAAAAGUGAUUUUGAUGUGAAUGAGAGUAGAACUAGUGAUUUAGCAUCAUCUAGAAUAGUUUGUGAUGUUUCCAUAGAGUCAAGUUCAAACUCUAGUUUUGGUUGUUCUGAGAUUUGUUCAAUAAAUGAAGAUGAUGAACAACACAAUAGUGAUGAAAGUGAAACACUUAGAACAACAAAACAUGUUAAACGUCCUUCUGCGGUCACAUUUCGCGACCCCGAAUCGAAUUACAUGGCAGAAACUGAAAGUUGUGAGUUUAUUUAUUCUCACAAUGUUGGAAGUGGAAGUGUACCUUUGAAGCCACAUGCAAUUAGACCAGGGAAAAAAGGGUCUUGUUAUAAGUGUCUUAGAGGAAAUAGUUUAACUGAGAAAGAGGUUUGUAUUGUUUGUAGUGCAAAGUAUUGUAGAAACUGUGUGAUAAGAGCAAUGGGAUCUAUGCCUCAAGGAAGGAAAUGUGUUGAUUGCAUUGGUUAUGGAAUUGAUGAGAAUAAAAGAAGGAAGCUUGGAAAGUGUUCUAAGAUGCUUAAAAAGUUGUUGUCUGAGACUAUUGUAGAUCAAGUGAUGAAUGAUGAAAGGGUUUGUGAAGCUAAUCAAAUGCCAUCAAAUCUUGUUCAAGUGAACUUGCAACCUCUUAAUAGAGAACAGCUUAAGUUGUUACUUAACUGUAGAAACCCUCCUAAACAGCUUAAACCAGGAUCUUAUUGGUAUGACAAAGCUUCUGGAUUUUGGGGAAAGAUAGGUCAACCACCUUGCCAAAUUAUCAGCCCCCGGUUGGACGUAGGCGGCCGCUUGGACAGAAAUGCAAGCAAUGGAAACACAAACGUCACGAUAAAUGAUCGUGAGAUUACCAAAAAAGAGCUGUUGAUACUAAAGAUGGCAGGAGUACCAUGUGAAGGGACUCCAAACUUUUGGGUGAAUGCUGAUGGAUCAUACCGCGAAGAGGGACAAAAGAACGAUAGAGGGCGCAUAUGGGACAAGAUUGGAACAAAGGUUGCUUGUGCUAUUUUCUCACUGCCAGUUCCCUCAAAAUCUGUGACUUCUAAUGAUGAAGGUGAAACAGCUAACAAACUAAGCCUUUGUAACAAAAAUGUACUACGAAAAUUUCUACUUCUUGGUUCUGUCAAUUCUGGAGCAUGUACUAUAUUUAAACAGGCCAAGCUUCUUUAUAAUGCGCCUUUCUCUGAAAAUGAUCUUCAAAAUAUCAAGUUGGUGAUUCUAAGCAACUUGUUUACGUACCUUGGCAUACUUCUGGAGGGUCGCGAAGAGUUUGAAGAAGAGAUUUUGGUAGAAAAUAGGAAAAGAUGGCCUUCUCAGGAAUCCACUUCAUCUGCAGGGAAUUCUAGUGAACAUGUUGAUACAACACCCUAUUCCAUUGGUCCAAGACUGAAAAAUUUCUCAGAUUGGUUACUGAAAUGCAUGUUGUCUGGUAACUUGGAUGCAAUAUUUCCGGCCGCUAUACGCGAAUAUGGACCAAUGGUAGAGUAUUUGUGGAGGGAUGAGGCUAUUAAGGCGACGUACAAUAGGAGAAAUGAACUAAAAAUGCUACCUAGAAGUGCUAACUAUUUUCUAGACAGGGCUAUUGAAAUUUCAAAGGUAGAUUACCAGCCUUCUGAUAUGGACAUCUUGUAUGCUGAGGGGAUGUCAUUAUCCAACAACCUCACAUCAAUGGAUUUUUCAUUUCCCAAGUCAAGCAGAGAAGAGUGUUUGCAUCCUGAGUAUCAACAUGAUUCUUCUCUAAGAUACCAACUAAUCAGAGUACACCCUACAUGCCUUGGAGAAAAGUGCAAGUGGUUGGAGAUGUUUGAAGACACAGAUGUUGUUUUGUUCUCAGUCUCCUUAACUGACUAUGAUGACUGCAUUAUAGACACCAAAGGAGUUUCCACAAACAAAAUGUUAGCAUCAAAAAACCUAUUUGAAAACAUCAUUGCUCAUCCAACUUUCAAGAAGAAGAAGUUCCUUUUAAUACUAACAAAAUUUGAUCUUCUUGAGGAAAAGAUUGCACAUGUUCCACUAACAAGGUGUGAAUGGUUUUGUGACUUCAAACCAGUUAUAAGUCACAAUCAAAAUAAAUUUGGUAACAGUGGAACCAUGCCUUCAUUAGCUCAAAGUGCUUUUCAAUAUAUUGCUGUCAAGUUUAAGAGAUUGUUCCAUUCUAUUACUGAUAGAAUCCUAUUCGUUUCUUUGGUUACUGGAUUAGAACCCGAUACGAUCGAUGAAGCGCUUAGAUACGGUAGAGAGGUUAUGGAAUGGGAAAACUGGAAUACUUCUAUUAGUAAUGACAAGUCUGAGAAUACUUCAACAAGCCUUGAAGACCCAAGUUCUGCAUAAAGUAAAGGCUUAGAAGACUUCAUGAAUUCACAUAUAGGGGUCAAUAAGUUAUAUAACUCAUUAGGGGGGUUCAUAAAUUUUUUUACUAUAGUUUUACUAGGUUGGUCCUCAAAUAUAUUUAAUUUUGUAUUAGUUUGUUAUUUUUUGUCAGUUCUAAUGUAUAGAAACAUUUAAAGGUGUAUAGAGCAGAGAAAAGAGUUUUUUUUUUUAUCAUCUUUUAUAUAUAUGCUGAACAUUAUUAGGUUUUUAUCUUGAAUAUAAUUUAUCUUUACAAAUAA